AUGGAAGACGUAGACUCAUAUGUUUUGCUUUUGGAGAGAUUUAAGAAAACCAUGCGUCAUGAACCUAUUUGUGUCGUUACUGACCAAGAUCCAGCUGUUAAGAUUGCAGUUGCCCGUGUGUUUGGUACAUCAAAACAUAGAUUCUGCAUGUGGCAUAUAAUGUGCAAGGUUGGUGAGAAGGUUGGACCGGUCUUAGCUAAGGACGAGGUGUUUAGGAGGAAGUUGAAUGGCAUUGUUUGGAACAAAUCUAUAGAUUCCAAAGCGUUUGAGGAUUCAUGGAGUCGUAUCAUAGAGGAAUAUGGUUUGGUUGAUAAUGGUUGGUUUCGUUACUUGUUCGAGUCUCGUACAUUUUGGGCAUCUCCAUACUUUCAUGAUGAGUUUAUGUCGGGAUUUGUUAGGACAACAUCUCGAUCAGAUGCUAUUAGUGCACAACGACAUCCCCAAGCAAAAUUGACUGCUGACUCUGAAUCAUGCUUUCCUGUUUUGAAGACUCCAUUGGCGCUGGAGAAACAUGCAAUGGAUGUCUAUACCAUUUCUGUAUUUUAUGAUGUGCACGUAGAGAUUUGUGAAGGUUGUUUUUCUUGUCGAGUGGUGUCUUUGUGUGAGUGCGAUGGUAAGGUGUGCUAUGGGAUAAAAGAUGGUGACAAGAAGGCAUGGUGUGUGGAGUUUUUGUUGGCUGACUAUCGUGGACUUGAGAGAAUUCCUUCUAUGUAUUUGGUGUCUCGGUGGACAAAGGCUGCUUGUUUGAAGCCAAUUUUUGAUAUUGAUGAUACGGUUGUUGAUCAAUCGGCUAAAGUGGAUAAUGUUAGGGUGAUUACUAAUCUAAUGUGGUCUGAAAUUUAUGCUUGCGUGGGAUUGGCUGAUGGUAAUGUAGAACGGUUGGAACAACUAAGACGUGGGUCAACAGUGGAGGUUCGUGAUCCAAUUAAAGUUAAGAACAAGGGCGGCGGGAAGCAGAUGAAGAGUGCAAGGGAGAAAGCUGUGAAUAAGUGUGUAAACCAAUCAAGGAAAUGCCAUACUUGUGAUGAAUAUGGUCAUAAUAGUAGGACGUGCCCAUUAAAUGGCUAG